UGUUCUCAGUGAUGGGAUUUAAGUAAGUCAACAACUAAAAUGCCUUUUGAUUGAGUUGUUUUAAAAGUAUUCUAAUUCAUAAAACGAGAUCCUUCCGCUCAAUAUACAAAGUAUAAACAAAUCAUAAUAUACACGAAACCAGGCAUAAUUUAUUUGGUGGUAUCAUGGUAUGAAUGGGUUAAUUAUCUACACUGCCAUAUAUAAAUGAAGUCAUGUAUUCCUUUGAGCCUUUAGGUGUUUAAAAUCUGGUUUAAACAUGCUUAAAGUUUCAACUAUCUGUUCUGAGUUCUUAGCUUGAUACAAUUAUCUUUUUGGAAGAUUUUAAUAAGCACUUGUUUAAGCAGUUCAAAAUCACACGAGGAAACCAUUUCUGUUGUAUACCGUUUCUUGCUCAAAUGCUUCUCAGGCGCUGUUGUCUUGCAUGGUUUUCUGGAUUGUUUUGGCUGAGGUAGCAUAUACUUUGAUAUUGCAUAUUUCUUACUUUGUUACGGUUUAUUUUUUAUUUCAGAGACGCACGGGAGAACCACUUCGUGUAUAUAUGGAUCUUGAAGCUGGCAGAAGAAGAUCAGGUCAAGAGGAUAUAUAUAUUAGUUAUCAUGCUGAAGAUGAUGUACAAUCAACCUAUGCUGGUGCACUCUUUCACAGUGGUCGAAACUACCACGUCUCCAGUGAUAAAAACAGAGAUAUACUGGUUUAUUGGUCUUCAUCACGGUGUCUUUCUCAAAGGAAUGAACUUGCCAAGAAGCUCCUGAGCUUAUUGCCGCAUCAUUCAUUUGGCAAGUGCCUAAAUAAUGUUGGUGGUCUAGACGCUGCUCUUUCUCUUUAUCCCGAAUGUGCAAACGAUGCCAAUGUUACCCCAAAAUGGUGGGAUCAUUUACAUUGUGCCAUGUCUCACUACAAGUUUGUUCUUGCCAUUGAGAACACUUUUACUGAGAGUUAUGUAACAGAGAAGUUAUUCUAUGCCUUGGACUCUGGUGCAGUUCCAAUCUAUUUUGGUGCACCAAAUGUCAUGGAUUUCGUUCCUCCACAUUCAAUCAUAGAUGGUAGAAAGUUCAAGUCAUUGGAAGAGUUGGCCUCGUACGUGAAGGUAGUUGCUAACUACCCAGUUGCCUAUGCGGAAUACCAUGCAUGGAGAAGGUGUGGUGUGCUGGGAAACUAUGGAAAAACCCGAGCCAUGAGCCUUGACACAUUGCCUUGCCGAUUGUGUGAGGUUGUUAGCAGAAGAGGUGGAAGAAAUGCAAGAAGAUAGGUUAACUGCUUCAGAGAAAUAGAUACAUUGGAUUUAGGCUUGCGACUUGUAUAGAGGCACAUUGCUUGUUUCUCUGAGCUAAGUAACAUUGAACUAUAAAGGAAACAAAAUCAGAAAGGCUUAGCACACAUGAUGAUGACA